UGUUUUCCGGGGUAAGGUAAAUUUGAGUACAUCACGUUUCGUCACUGAUUCACACUACACCGGGGCACCAGCUGCUGAUAGAUUUGUUUCCGCACGGAAUCUUAUAAGUGACGGACACGUUACAUGGUUGUUUUUGUUAACAUGUUCCAUGUAGCUGUGUUAAACAUCUCCAAUUAGAGACGUUAUUACAACUUUGCUGUGAAAUUGCCUUGUGCUACGAUGAAUGACUGGAGUCCUGUUGCGAAAGUGUAUGAUCCACUGAAGGCUGGAAGUAUAGAUGGCACAGAUGUGGAGCCUCAUGACCGCGCAGUCUGGCGUGCGAUACAGGCGCGCUAUCGACCCAACAAGGGCAUUGGUGGAGACCCUCUCCUCACACUGUUUGUGGCGCGCCUACACCAGCAUACCUCUGAGGAGAAGCUCCACCAGGUAUUUUCUAAAUACGGAGACAUUCAAAAACUUCGUCUGGUCAGGGACGUGGUGACGGGCUUCUCCCGGGGAUAUGCCUUUGUGGAAUACAAGGAGGAACGAGCGGUGAUGCGCGCGCGUCGGGACGCUAACAAAUUAGUGGUGGACCAGCACGAACUGUUUGUGGACUUUGAGCAGGAAAGAACACUGAAAGGGUGGGUACCACGGCGUUUGGGGGGAGGUCUAGGAGGUAGGAAGGAGUCUGGGCAGCUAAGGUUCGGUGGAAGAGACAGACCCUUCCGUAAACCCAUCAACUUGCCCCCCACUUUCAACCAAGACAGGCCGACAGAACGAAGGUGGGAGAGAGGAGGCGAGAGAGAAGACUGGAAUAAGGAAAGACACCGAGGAGCUUCUCCAGGCAGAGAUUCUGGCUAUAUGGACCGGAGAGGGGAACGAGAGAGGGGCAUAGGAAGAAGAGAAGAGCCAGACCGAGGAAUGGAAAAGAGAGAAGAGAGGGGGAUGAGCUACAGAGAUAAAGACUACUAUAGAGACAGGAGGGAUGACAGACGAUCGAGGGAUGACCGUUAUGAAAGAGACUCAAAAAGAAGAAGAGAUGACAAACAUGCAGAAAAACACAGAGGGGAUGAGAGGAGAUAAACUUCAAAAUAUGACCUCGAAGUCCUCCAAAAGGAGUCUUUUUGGAGGGAUUGUGUUGCAGUGCCCUUGGAGUUCAGAUAGCCCCAGCCUGCAUAGGUGGGUGUGGCUUAAAAAUGACAACAACAAUAAGUUUAAUGCUUCAGUAACUUUAAUUUCUAUUGGAGAAUUGUAACCACUUUUAAAGCACAAGGAGAUCCAUAUGUGACCAUGUUAUGUGUGACUGGCUGUUGUUGGAUUUAUUCAGAAUGACAGGAAUUCAGUCCCCCCACCCACCCAAAUAAUUAACACACUGUGUCAUUGGUAAAAUAAAAACCAGAUGCCAGAUCAUCUUAAAGAAGUAAAACUACUACAAGGAAUGGGUCUGUGACAAGCCAAAUCCUUUUUUACUGUAUAAGCCUUGGAACUUCAGUAUGCAGUGUGUUCUACAAUUUGUAGGCUUAUAUUCCUUUCUAUUAUUUCCUAAUAAAAGAGAAUGCUGCAUGUU